GAGGGGGAACUUGUUACAGAUCAUUAAAAGUGCUACAGGGUUCAGACCUCACUUAGUAACAAGAGUACAGAUGGCAUGUAAUGAAAAAUAUUCACAGCAAAAUAACUUUUUAACCUUGUGAGAAAACGGCACACCAACUUCGAACUAUUAUCUAUAUAUCAUCAAACAUCGUUUAAACUUUAAAAUGACAUUGGCAUGGCUGCUCAUAUUGGACAUUCCAUUGGGGCCAGCAUGUUUUCCUCAACAAUUGGAAUGCCAUUAAGUGAAGACCUAUAUGGCUUGAACGACCUCCCCAAGACUGACCUUCCAGCGCCUCAGCUGGUUAUGCUAGCAAAUGUUGCUCUCACUGCUGAAGUUGGUGGCAGUGAAUAUCAGAAUGAGGAUAAGCAGAUGGCAGAGCUGAAAACUGUGGGCAAUAGCUUGUCUGACAGCGAGGUGGAUGAGGAAGAAGAUGAUGAUGAUGAUGAUAAUUAUGAAGGAAUGCCUGAAGAUGAAAGUGAACCAGAAAUGCCUGCAGAAAUUCAGAAAACAGCAGGAUCAGACAAGGACAGUCUUACCACAUCUCCCAAAUCUUGUUAUUCAAUGAUAGACUUGCGAGGUAAAGAAAUCUUUGGGUGCUUUGAUGACAAAAGCAAAAGAUCCAAGCCUUUCCGCUGCAAGCCUUGCCAGUUUGAAGCGGACAGCGAAGAGGAGUUUGUUCAUCACAUCACAGUCCAUAGUGCCAAAAACUUAAUUGUAAAAGAGAAUGCUGGGAAGCCAGCACAUUCCAAAGAUCCAGAAGAGAAUUCUGAAGAUGGAGAAAACUGCAAAGGCCCAAUUCGCUGUGAUAGAUGUGGGUACAAUACCAAUAGGUACGACCACUACUUGGCUCAUCUGAGGCAUCACAACAAAACCGGUGAUGAUCGAGUAUUCAGGUGUACCAUCUGCUCCUACACCACAGUCAGUGAGUACCAUUGGAAGAAGCACCUGAGGAACCAUUUCCCAAAGAAGGUGUAUACCUGCUGCCAGUGUUCCUACUUCUCAGACAGAAAGAACAACUACAUUCAGCACAUACGGACUCACACAGGUGAACGUCCCUAUCAGUGCAUACACUGCCCAUAUUCAAGCUCCCAGAAAACUCACCUGACCAGACACAUGCGAACACAUUCAGGUGAAAAACCAUUCAAAUGUGAUCAGUGUAGUUAUGUGGCCUCAAACCAGCAUGAAGUCACCAGGCAUGCCAGGCAAGUUCACAAUGGACCCAAACCAUUAACUUGUCCACACUGUGACUACAAAACAGCAGAUCGCAGCAACUACAAAAAACACGUGGAGCUCCAUGUUAAUCCACGACAGUUCCUUUGCCCAGUCUGUGACUACGCAGCUUCGAAGAAGUGUAAUCUGCAGUAUCACAUCAAGUCAAGGCACCACGGCUGCAAUGAUAUUACGAUGGAUGUGUCAAAGGUGAGACUGCGGACCAAAAAGGCUGAAGCAGAGAAUUUAUUUGGAGGAGACCUUGAAGAGGCCAAAGAUUGGCAAGCAAAUUCUAAGGGAGAUCAGGAAACACACAUGAGUAUGGAAACAGAAAAAGAAGUGAAAAAGGACGAGGUCCAAAGAGAGAAUACAGCCAGUUCCAGUACCAUGAAUCAGAUCACUACCCGAAGUCGUAAGUUAAGUAAGGAAAACCGUAAAGCAAGCAACAAAGGGCAAAAUACAUCGGAGAAGAAAGCAGAGAAAUCUGAAAAGCUGGUGGUCAGAUCUGAAAAGCUGGCAGGGAAAUCUGAGGUGGUGGCGAUCAAAUCUGAAAAAAUGGCAGCAAAAUCUGAUAAGCCAGCAGGCAAAUCUGAAAAGAUUGCUGUCAAAUCUGAAAAGCCAGUGAAAUCAGAAAAAAUUGCAGAGACAUCUAAAAGGCUGGCAAGGAAAUCAGAAAAGCUGGUGGAGAAAUCUGAAAAAAUUGCAGAGAAAUCUAAAAGGCUGGCAAGGAAAUCUGAAAAGGUGGUAGAGAAAUCUGAGCAACUGCCAUGCAAAUCUAGAAAGAUGGCAGAGAAAUUUGAAAAGACCAAAACUGGAAAAAGAAAGGCAGAUGGAAUGAAUUCUGCUAAAAUGAAAGAGGGUGCUAAAUGUACAUCCUCCAUAGCAGAAAGAAAGAAAAGGAAAGUCACUUUUAAAGACAUCAACCCCCAGAAAAGAAGUGAUCGGAAGGUCAACCGUGAAAAGUUAAAGAAGCGUAUUUCUGAACAAAAAUCAUCUAGUAAAAGAAAACCUCCAGAAAACAAACUAAGCAAGAGACCAUCUUGCCCAUCCAGUGUUAAAUUAAAGAAGAGGAAUACAAAUAUCAAGAUGCAGUUGACGGGGAGGAAUUCAUCUGAAAGAAAAACAAUUGAAAAGGCUGAAACAAAUGAACGUAUGGCUGAUGAUUCUCAUGAUCUUACACAAGUUCAAAACCAGUUGAUUGCCGAAACUAAGCUGCCGAUCAUCCGUGAAGAUGACAAGACUUCUGAAGGAGAAACGAGCGUGCUGGAUGUGGAAUUGAAUGAAGUUCACGAAUACAAAGUAAUCGAAAAUACCAGCGAACAUAAAAAUAUUAUAGAACCUGCCGAGGACCAUCGGUGUGAAGAAGCCAAGACGGCAGAAGAGUCAGAGAAUGAAACACAUGAACCAAUGGAAGCUGUUGAGAGCCAGUGCAGUCCUAAGCAAGAUGAGUCCCACAAAGAGAUAGCUGUUGAGCCAAACGGGGUGGCCAUAGAAAGUGAUUCAGAAACUGCUGAUCCUUUAGAGAUCCCCAAAGUUGCUCUGGAGCUUCCUUCUGUAACUGAUAAAACCCCAGUUGAAACCAUGGACGUGGAGGAGGACGAAGGCAUUCACAGCCAUGAUGGGAGCGAGAUCAGUGACAGUGUUUCUGAAGGGAGUGAUGACUCUGGGUUAAACUCAGGAGUGGCCUCGGCUUCAGACGUGACCGGUACGGUGGCAAAAGCAAACCCAGAGGAGACCAGACAAGCACAGGAGAGUUAUGUUUGCAUUUUCUGUGAUCGUAUGUUCACUGUGGAAGGUGAAUAUAGGAGACAUCUUAAUCGCCACUUGGUAAAUGUCUAUUAUCUUGAGACCGCAGCAGAGGAAGAGGACCAUUAGGCAAACCUGUGGUCUGAGGGACAUACACAAAUAUCUCAAACUCAGAAUGGUGGUGGUGUUGCUGUUGCUUUUUUUCCAGGAACUAUUGCUUAUGAUUUAUUUUCUUUUUUUUUUUAUUAAAUAAUGCUUAUUUGUAGAAUUAUCAAGUCCAAGACGCCUGUAUUUCAGUCUUGUAAUGAUCUUUUGGAAGUUGCUUACUUUAGCAGUUCAGUGCAGUUUCAGUUGCUACUGGAUGUUUUGCAACUAAAGAAAACACAUUCAGUAUCUUGGUUAGUCUUGCAAAUGACCAUUUCACUGAACAGAUUUUUGUUCGAUUUCAAAACCAGUCAUACAAAAACCAAUUUAAUUUUCUAUAUUAUAAAAAAAAAAUUUCUAGACAAUGUUCAGUUCUUUAAAAACAUUUCAUCUUUUUUUUUCGUAAAAUAUGCAGUACAGUACGUUUUAAUUGGUUGGUCCUUUAGGGAGCACUCAGAUUCACACAACACAUUGUCUAUGCAGUGUAAUCAAGGAAAAAAAGAUGCGUUUUUUAAACUUAAUUUUUCUGUUUAGUUUUUCACAGAUUAUGCUUGCUGGUUACCUCAAAUGGUAAACCUCUGUAUGUAUGUAUGUUUAUUAUGACUGGUCAAUAGCAACUGUAAAUGUAUAAUUUCACUGAUGAAAUUGUAAAAAAAAAGAGAGGGCUAUGGGAUCUUUUUAUGGUUAAGUAGUUCUAAACUAUGAACAGUACUAUGUUCAAUAUUUCAAUUGGUUUAUUAAAUAAGUCAUUACCUGUUUAAAUACCGUGGCCAGAUCAAUUCUACAGGGAACCAAUUUCUUUUCACACAUAGCCUGUUUUUUGGCCAAAAGAGAAUUAAAUGCAGCUAUUUGAUUUACAAUUCAUUGAAAGAAAAUGUAUAUUUUGAAUUUUCUAAAGCAAACAUUGCAGUGUGUGUAAACUCUUAAUACAUAUUCAUUAUUUUUCUUCUGUUUAAGUAAUGUGCCAAGCACUUCUGUGAAACUUUCAGAGGUAGUUACUAACGUUCAUCUGCUUUGUAACUAAACCCAGAUUUGAAAAACACUACCUCAGUAGAGGUGUAUAUUCAUCAGAACAAGUAUUUUAAACCACCUCCUAAAUAUGAAAAAAAAAAUAAAUUAAUGUAUAGAAAACAUCUUUUUUUUUUUUUUUUUUU